UAAGACUUAUGGAACGUUCCUUUUAAUAUUGUUGCAGUUUACAUUGCAAGUUACAUUAAGUUACAAGAACUUUAUAAUAUUUUCUCGUUCCUUGGAGUAUACAGGAAUCCCCAUUCUCACGGUUAGCGGUGUUCGGGUCCGGGAGCAACAUGGCGGCGUCCGUGAGGCGCUAGCUUUUGUACCCGGUAGUGCUUGGUGUUCUUGUUUUGAGCGAUAUCCGAGUGAAGCUUUCACCGACUAUCAACUUCCAGAGUCGUCUACUGAGAAGUGGACAGCUUUAGUGACCGGCCGUCCUCGUAUUGGGGAAUUAGAAGUAGCGUCCAGACCACUGACCAGGAUGAGCAACAUCUACAUCCAGGAGCCUCCCACCAAUGGGAAGGUUUUAUUGAAAACUACUGCUGGAGAUAUUGACAUAGAGUUGUGGUCAAAAGAAGCUCCAAAAGCUUGCAGAAAUUUCAUCCAGCUGUGUUUGGAAGCUUAUUAUGACAACACCAUUUUUCAUAGAGUUGUUCCUGGUUUUAUAGUCCAAGGGGGAGAUCCUACUGGCACAGGGACUGGUGGGGAAUCUAUAUAUGGAGCCCCAUUUAAGGAUGAAUUUCACUCACGGUUGCGUUUUAAUCGGAGAGGCCUGGUUGCCAUGGCAAAUGGUGGUCCUCAUGAUAAUGGCAGCCAGUUUUUCUUUACCCUCGGUCGAGCAGAUGAACUUAACAACAAGCAUACCAUCUUUGGAAAGGUUACUGGGGAUACAGUAUAUAAUAUGCUGCGACUGACAGAAGUAGACAUUGAUGAUGAAGAAAGACCACGAAAUCCACACAAAAUCAAAAGUUGUGAGGUUUUGUUUAACCCUUUUGAUGACAUCAUUCCAAGGGAAAUUAAAAAGCCUAAAAAAGAGAAACCAGAAGAAGAAGUAAAGAAAUUGAAACCCAAAGGCACAAAAAAUUUUAGUUUACUUUCAUUUGGAGAAGAAGCUGAGGAAGAAGAAGAGGAAGUAAAUCGAGUUAGUCAGAGCAUGAAAGGAAAAAGCAAAAGCAGCCAUGAUCUGCUUAAGGAUGACCCACACCUGAGUUCUGUUCCAGCUGUUGAAAGUGAAAAAGGUGAUGCAACAGGAAAUUUAGAUGAUGCAGAAGGGGAGAGUGCAGACCCUGAUGAAUAUAUUGAUGGUGAUGAACAGAACCCAGUGAGAGAAAGAAUUGCAAAAAAAUUAAAAAAGGACACAGGUGCAAAUGUGAACUCAGCUGGAGAGAGAGAAGCAGAGAAGAAAUCAGUCACCCGCAGUGAAGAGCUCAGAAAAGAAGCAAGACAAUUAAAGCGGGAACUCUUAGCAGCGAAACAAAAAAAAUUAGAAAAUGCAGCAAAUGCAGAGAAAAGAAAUGAAGAGGAAGAAGCUGCUCCAGAUGGUGCUGUUGCUGAAUACAGAAGAGAAAAACAAAAGUAUGAAGCCUUGAGAAAGCAACAGGCAAAAAAAGGAACUUCCCGAGAAGACCAGACUCUUGCACUGCUGAACCAGUUUAAAUCUAAACUCACUCAAGCAAUUGCUGAAACUCCUGAAAAUGACGUUUCUGAAACAGAAGUUGAAGAUGAUGAAGGAUGGAUGUCACAUGUACUUCAGUUUGAAGAUAAAAGCAGAAAAGUGAAAGAUGCAAGCAUGCAGGACUCGGACACAUUUGAAAUCUAUGAUCCUCGGAAUCCAGUGAAUAAAAGAAGAAGAGAAGAAAGCAAAAAACUAAUGAGAGAGAAAAAAGAAAGGAGAUAAAAAUGGUAGUAAUAACAACCAGAACAUCCUGGAAAUGUGCCUGCAGUAAAUGGCCUCGUAACAGCCAUUGUUCCAACAGUAUCACUUAGUGUGUGAAAGUAUUUUUGAAACCGUUGUCUUGUUUUGUAAAUUGUGGAUUGAUACCAGCAAAUGCUUUUGGUUACUGGUACAUGCUUUUUUUCCUAACUGACCUUUUGUAUUGCUACAUUUGAAAUAAAACCACUUUCCUUCUAGUUUACACAUUAA